AUGAUUCUUUCUGUCACUGAUCAAAUUUUCACGGCACAAGCUCAGGCACAAGAAUUUCAUUCCAUGCAUUUAGAAAUGUGUCGAGGAUUUGCAAUAUCUGGAUAUGGCUCUUAUUAUGUCGUCAAAAAUAUGAUCAUUUCGAAUACUGGAAAUGCUGGCGUUCAAAUUUCACAAUGUCAUUUCGGUUGUCAAAUCGUGAAUUCCACUUUUUACGAAUUAGGACAAGGUGGAUUAAAUAUUGGUGGAGGAGUUCGAGCCUAUUUGAAUGCAACCAAUACGUUGAUCAUGAACAAUACCAUGUUUAAUUUCACUCGAAUUGGAAAGUGCUAUCGUCCUGGUGUGAAUAUUUUGGGUGGAGUUGGUUACACAAUUACACAUAAUGAAAUUUAUUCGGCAGAUCAUUCCGCCAUUGUAUAUAAGGGCAACUAUCAUGACAUUUCCUAUAACAAGAUUUAUGAUGUGUGUAAAAUUGUUGGAGAUGCUGGCGCGAUUUAUAGUGGUCGAGAUUGGACAUUUAGAGGAAAUACCAUUCGCUAUAAUUUGAUUGCGAAAAGUAGGGGACCUGGAUUGUAUGGUACAACUUGUUUGUAUUUGGACGAUCGUUACUCGAGUGCAGAAGUGUAUGGUAACAUUUUUUAUGAUUGUUAUCGUGGAAUUCAAGUAGGAGGAGGAAGAGACAAUCAUGUAUUCAACAACAUUUUUGUGAACAAUACAAUUAGUUUACAGGUUGAUUGGAGAGUGAACACAACCGACAUGUAUCUUAAAAUGUAUUCGAAUUUGAUGGCUGUUCCUUAUCAAAAUUCCUUUUGGUCGAAAGCUUUUCCAAAUUGGUAA